CCCCUUAAUGUUUUUCCCUCGAACAAGAAAAGAAGCAGUGAUAUUUAAGAAACUUUUGCUCCAAACUAUUCAGAAGCACUGCUUUGAUUGAAUACAAUGGCGUCAGCGGAAGUAGCGAAGAGGAGGACGGAGACGGAGACGGAGAGAGAGGAGAGUUGUUGUUCGGCGGCAAAAGGAACGAAGCAAGGAGAAGGGCUGAGACAGUAUUAUAUGCAGCAUAUCCAUGAUCUCCAGCUUCAGGUCCGGCUCAAGACUCACAAUCUCAAUCGACUUGAAGCCCAACGCAAUGAGCUCAAUUCCAAAGUGAGAAUGCUUAAGGAAGAAUUGCAAUUGCUUCAGGAGCCUGGAUCAUAUGUUGGUGAAGUUGUUAAAGUGAUGGGGAAGUCAAAAGUUUUAGUUAAAGUAAGUAAUGCAUCUAAACCUUGUCAUUUUCUUACUUAUCCAAGAAAGGAAAAACUUCUUGUUAUCUGUGAAAUUCAAAGUGUUUUUCCUACCAUAUAA